CAUCUGGCUGUGUCUUGCUAUGAAUAGAAUUUAGGGCCGAUUUUCUUUAUCAUUGUCUUCUCCAUUAUCGUAGCUUUCUGAAAUCUGUCAUAGCCAUGUCGGACGAGGAGCAUCACUUCGAGUCCAAAGCUGACGCCGGAGCUUCCAAGACCUAUCCUCAGCAGGCUGGAACCAUCCGCAAGAACGGCCAUAUCGUCAUCAAGGGUCGUCCCUGCAAAGUUGUGGAAGUUUCAACUUCCAAGACGGGGAAGCAUGGCCAUGCCAAAUGCCACUUUGUCGCCAUUGACAUCUUCACUGCCAAGAAGCUCGAGGAUAUUGUCCCCUCUUCCCACAACUGUGAUGUUCCUCAUGUCAACCGCACCGAUUAUCAGCUUAUUGACAUAUCCGAGGAUGGCUUUGUUAGUCUUCUGACUGACAGCGGAGACACUAAGGAUGAUCUCAGACUUCCAACUGAUGAGAGUCUGCUCAAGCAGAUAACAGAUGGAUUCAACGAGGGUAAGGAUCUGAUAGUGUCGGUUAUGUCGGCAAUGGGGGAGGAACAGAUCUGCGGCCUCAAGGAUAUUGGUCCAAAGUCUUAGGAGCAGAAGAUGCAGAUGGAGAUCAUCCAUAAUCUUUAUAUAAGCAAUAAAUAAGUUUUUCAGACAUCUUCGAGACCUGUGUUUUAAUGUGGCUUAUGAUUCACUGACUUAUUUUGAUUGUGGAUCGAUAUGCCAAUCUCUUGCUAUAAUGUGCUUUGCUGUGCUUGGAGUUUGAAUCUGUCUCGGGUUUGGGCCUGAUUAUGGGCCCAUAUGAGCCCGUUUGCUAUAUGGUCGUGGCCCAUAUACGUUGUAUCCAAUAAGUUUUCUUUUAAAUUC